AAAUCAUCAACUACAUGUUUUUUGCUCGCCUUCAUCAAUUUCUAAAAUCCGAAGCUCUGUACAAAACGAGAUCGAACCCCAAGUAAUUGAGAUACCUUUCUUGCUUACUGCUCUAUGCAAUGGUGGUCUGCAAAUGCCGCAAGGCGACAAAAUUAUAUUGUUUCGUGCACAAGGUUCCUGUAUGUGGGGAAUGCAUCUGCUUUCCCGAGCACCAAAUAUGCGUUAUACGUACUUACUCAGAGUGGGUAAUAGAUGGAGACUAUGAAUGGCCUCCCAAAUGUUGCAAAUGCCAAGCUGUGCUUGAGGAGGGGGAUGACUCUGUAACCACUCGAUUGGGUUGCUUACAUGUCAUACAUACAAAUUGCUUGGUUUCACAUAUCAAAAGUUUUCCUCCGCACACUGCACCUGCUGGAUAUUCAUGUCCUUCAUGUUCAACAUCUAUAUGGCCUCCCAAGAAUGUUAAAGAUUCAGCAUCUUGUCUUCAUUCACAGCUGAAGGAGGCUAUCAUGCAGACUGGCAUGGAGAAGAAUUUGUUUGGAAAUCAUCCCAUUUCUUUGCCUACAACAGAACCCCGUGUUCCCCCACCUGCAUUUGCUUCAGAUCCAUUGAUAAAUGUAACCGGAGGAAGAGAUUAUGAUGGGAAUUCAACACCAUCUGUUGCAAAAGAUGAAGGAUACUCAGCUGAUGCAGGACCUUCGAAACUUGCAGUAACAGAAAUAAUGGAGAUAGACAGUCCUAAUUCAGCUGGGACUUACAUAAAAGCUCCGAGUCCUGUUGCUCCUGUGGCUACAACACGGAAGAGUACAUCUCAUGUUGAUCGGCAAAACUCUGAAAUCUCAUAUUAUACAGACGAUGAAGAUGGAAACCGUAAAAAGUAUUCUCGUAGGGGACCACUUCAUCUCAAGUUUCUCAGAGCAUUAAUUCCCUUCUGGUCAAGUGCGUUACCAACUCUCCCGGUGACUGCACCUCUACAUAAAGACUCACCAAAUGUAGAUGAUGGUAGAGAAGGUCGUUCGAAGCACCAAAGAUCAACACGGAUGGAUCCAAGAAAAAUUCUUCUUGUCAUAGCAAUCGUGGCCUGCAUGGCUACCAUGAGUAUUCUCUACUACAGAAUUUCACAAAGGGCUCUCGGUGACGAAGUGGGCAAUGAUGAGCAGCAGUAGUAAUCGAUCGAUAAACUGUGAUGAAAUUGGUGAGACCUUAUAUUCACAUGCUUGUGCAAAUCCUGUUGGUUAGUGCUACAACCGCCGUUUUCUCUGCUCAACGUCUCCCUUCCGGUCCUCCCCUCGGUCACAUUAUCUGGCGGAAGAAACAAGUAAUAUUACAAAGAAACUCAUUACCCAUCAAUCAUCAUCCACCCCACAUCUUUCUUCUUAAAUAUCAAUCCAGAUGCAGUGAGAACUAAAUGUUAGUUUUUUCUCGGCCAUCUUUCGACUUUAUUUUUCGAUUUGCACCCCUGUUGUGUGGUUGAAAUGAAUGACAUUUUAGAGGCACAAACAUGUUUUGUUGAAAGUGGGUUGAUUUCCUUCUUAGUAUUUGGUUCAGUUCAUAAAUUGCUUAAACCAAAUUCCCCUUUCUUCUCAGCAAAAGAAAAGGUCAUAAGAUGGACACAAAUAAAGCCACAUGUGGAGUCCGACUUGUUUGUGUUCCAC